AUGGGGGUGGAGAUCGAUGUUGGCGGUGGACAAUUACGAGGAGUGGUGCUAAAAAGCGGAGACCACAAGCUCGCCUUUGUGGACUCACCAGAAUUGCACGCGUAUAUCGGCGCUGACAAGCGCGACCACCUCGUCUUCCGAAUGAGAUUUCUUGGUCAGUGUGAUCUCGCUAUGGUAUCAUUACAGCGAUCUCCAUCCGAGCCAACUGUCUGGCUCGAUGCCGACCGGAGAGUGAUGAAUGACCCGAUUCGAAUCCCUUUCAAGUUGCAUUCAGUACUCGAGCAGGACGAUUUGUACUUCAUUCCUAUCUGGAAACACGUCACAGGGGUCCUCCGUCGAGUACGCUUUUACCCGUGCGUCUCGCGCAAUACUAUCACCGGACAUAGUUUCUCAAUUGACUGGAUAGCUUUCACCAAAGCGCCCGUAGUGACCAAGGUCCGUGGCUGUAUCGACAAAUAUUUUGACGACGACGACGAAGUCACUGGAGUAAGCGGUAGUGACAAAGCAGCACACCUCAAUUGCACGGAAACAGAACGCUGGACCAACGGGUUUCAUCCUUCCGUAGCAGCAAAGUGUUUGCCAAUGACGCUACCUCGAGCAUCUACAUACAAUUGCGCGCGCGAAGGUGGUGAGCUGGUAUCCAUCAGCGGAAAACAUUUUGGCACAGCUGAUGCAGUCGUUUCUAUUGACGGGGUCGAAUGCUUGGACGUUGUUCAUGUCGUUCCAGAGGUGGAAUUGCAGUGUCGCUUGCCACCAGCAGCGUCCAACUGGUUGAAAAAUCCAACAUACCCAUCUGUAGUCCGUGUUCAUAACGGACGGUUGCUGCGGUUAUUUGAUGAGAUCCCGUUGCUGUCGUACGCAGCGCCAGUAAGCUCGCCCCCGGAGCCAAUAAUCUCCAACGUGGCAUCUCACGCCAUCGACGUUAACUGGAAUGCGCCUACUGAUGUGUGGGAAAGCAUGACUGUCACAGGUUAUCGUGUAGCCUGGAAGCGCUGCGCAGAUGAUUCGUUUUCUCUUGAUCAGUCUGUUGUGGUAGGCAACGUAACAUCCACCACACUCAUCGAGCUUGAAAGUUCCACGAGUUACCAGGCGAAGGUAACACCGCUAACUGAGAACCAGUGGCGAUGGUCGAAAGAGUGGAGGGAUCUUGACUUGUAUGGCCGGCGUCAAAUUCUACCUAAUGCUGUGCUUGGCUUCGACUCCCCACUCUCGUCUUGUGUUCAAACGCUUCGACAAGAUUUCGUCUUCCCUCAGUUCAACGCCCGACUCCUGACAAAUCUCAGUGCUCUUCCCGAAGCCAUUGCUCUGCGUACGGCUCCGACACUUGGUCCCACUGGUGAGGUAGGUGAUCAAGGACACUUCGGACUGCACUUGAACGGCGAUGCUCACGUUCAGAACUGCAACGCCUCAGUUUCGUGCUGUGACAAUUUUGACACUUCAGCUCCACGCGGAUCGAGUGGAGCCAUUGCAGAGUGUUCGUACGUGUGCUUCAAAAGCGAGAUCCGCAGCGCUAUUUCCACGAAUGGAUUAACUCUUCGCUCGUUGCCCUCAAACGCAAUGACCGAUGUGCCUGUUCCAGCGAAGCAAGUGUAUGUCUUCGACAAGUCAACUCUACACCAACCAGUUGAUGCUGCGCCAAUAACAGCCGCAUGCGGGACUGUACUGAGAAUCACUGCUUCGCAAUCCUUUCUCACAGGCGCAGCUUGGUAUCCUCGACAGAUGAACGUCCGGGAAGGCUUCACCACCAGUUUCUCGUUUCGAGUGACUAAUCCAUCAACGAUAUGCCGAGUAAUGGACAAAGUUCACACAAACUGCCGGUUGCGUGGGGGUGACGGCUUUGCUUUCGUUAUACAUAAUGACGUGCAGCAAGAGCUUGCACUGGGUUCUGGGGGCAUGUCACUUGGCUAUGGCGGUCUUCGAAAUGCACUUGUCAUCGAGUUUGAUACGUGGUUCAACCCCGAAUUGCUUGAUGUCUACGAGAACCACAUCAGCGUACACGUCAGUGGAAAUGAAGGAGUUGUGCUGCCCAAUCACACUCACUCACUCGGUGCUACGAGCAAUAUUCCGGACUUGACGGAAGACAUACACGCAGUGCGGAUCACGUACAACCCCAAUCUUGACGAAAGCAUGCUCUUCGAUGAACCUUUUACGGCCACCACAUUAGCUGGUAACUUCUUCUCCACAAGUGCCUGGCGAUCUGGUGUCGGGCUUCUUUCAGUUUAUCUGGACGACAUGAACACUCCUGUGUUGACAGUGCCGCUACGAAUCGAGAACACCCUAGAACUCUUCCACGGUCGAGCAUGGGUUGGCUUUACUGGUGCAACGGGAGCAAACGCAUGGCAAACACUCGAUAUCCUGUCUUGGGACUUUGACUCCUUGCGCCAUAACAUCACUAAACACUGCGCAAGUUGA